AUGCUUCUCCCACGGGCUCUUCCCCGACGACCCGCCCUUUUCCGGGUCCCCAGAAUCCGCCAAACAACUCCUCGCCGCACACUGAUCCCCGCGCCCGGCCCAAAUACGGGGCCACUCAUGGAGCGCCGCGCAGACCGCGAACUCCCCACCAUCAACAACAGCAAGGGCUGGUUGAAGUCCCUCCCCAUCUUCGUGGUGGCCGUUGGAGCCGCCAUGCUGGGUAUCUUCAAUUACCAGAAAUCCUCAUCAAGUGUGGUCAGCAGUACUUUGUAUGCAUUGCGCACGUCGCCGCAGGCUCGUGAAAUCCUGGGCGAUGAGAUCUAUUUCGCGCAGCAGAUUCCUUGGAUUAGUGGGGAAAUGAAUCAAUUGCAUGGGCGCAUUGAUAUCUCUUUUUGGGUGAAGGGGACGAAGGGCCAGGGUAAGAUGCGGUUUAAGAGUGUGAGACCGGAUCGGAUGAGUUUCUUCCGCACCGAAGUAUGGAGCCUGGAGACCGAGGAUGGAACCGUCGUGCAGCUGUUGGAUAGCGACACCGAUCCCUUCCGCCAAGAGUGA